AUGGGGAAGAUGGUUGCGGUGAGUGGGAGUCAGAAAGUCCAGGAUGUGGGUUUCAGGCCCUUGUGGGCCCUCCUGUGUGUCUACAUCACUCUCCAGGCCAGAGCGACACCCAUGCCUCAGAGCACCACAGCUGCCAGUGCCUCCGCUGGCAUCACACAGGACCCCCUCUCUUUGCCCACAACAGUCCCAGCAGCUAAGCUGUGCCCAGCAGUGGAAGUGACCUGGUCAGAAAUUGAAGUACCACUGAAUGGAAUGCUACUGUCCUGCACCGGCUGCAGUCGCUUCCCCUUCAGCAUUCUCUACUGGAGCUCCCAGGCCAGCUGCGGGAGGGCCCCCUCAGGUGAGAGAGGAAGCAACAGUGAGGCCUGUGGCUGGGAGCACAGGCGUACAAACACCUGGCUGUGGAGGGCCUUGGUGCUGGAGGAGCUGAGCCCUGCCCUAUGCAGCACCAACUUCUGUGUUCUCGUGGAUCCCGCACAGAUUGCCCAGCAUCAUGUCAUUCUGUCCCAGCUCUGGGCUGAACCGAAGACAACUCUGCCUCCCACUCAAGAAACCCUGCCUUCCAGUCACCACCCAAGCCCACAAUGGCUGAGCCCUGCCCCACGCAGCCAGCAGAGCUUCAUCAGGGAACCUAAAAAGAAGCAGGCCCAUCGAGCUUCUCAGAGGGAGAGCCAAGAAAUGGCUUAUGGGCAAGCACUCAGGGAAGGGAUCUGA